CUCUGCAGGCGUACCGUGGAGCCCAGAAGCCGACCCCCAUGGAGGUGAUGAAGUCCCAGGCCACCCGGCUGUCCGACAACCCUCAGAGGGUGUCCCCGCCCAAGAUGGAGAUCCCCACCAUGGACGGUCGGCGUCAGGGGGCACGUCCACACAAGCUGAAACACCGAGACAUGAACAUCCUGACGCCGUCCGGCUUCUGAAGAGACGACCGCCGCCAGGCUCUGAAGGUCUGGGCUGGAACCAGUCGUGUGACGUCUGGAGUCUGGGCUGUGUUCUGAUGGAGUAUUAUCUUGGACGGACUCUCUUCCCGAGUCAUGACAGCAAGGAACAUCUGGCCAUGAUGGAGAAAGUUCUGGGUCCGAUUCCCUCUGGUCUGCUGCAGCGGACCAGGAACCAACAGUUUGUGAAAAACCAGCAGCUGAACUGGGACGAGCUGAGCUCCUCGAACGAAUUCAUCAGGAAACACUGUCAGCCUCUGACGACGUACAUGAGGACGAACAGCGAGGAGGAGCAGCAGCUGUUUGAUCUGCUCAGCUGCAUGUUGGAGUACGACGUCAGCAGACGGAUCACAGUGGAAGAAGCUGUGUGGCACCGCUUCUUCAGCCCGCUGAGAAAACUCAAACAAAC